AGUCCACAACAGAUAGUUAGCUUUUCGAGUCUCUCUCUUUUCAUAUAGAAAUAUUAGCUCAGCUCCUUCUGGCGCACUUUCUACAACGUAACGAGAGGACUUGCUGGUGUCUUUAUUGCGAAUCACCUUGGUUUUUUUAUUUCUUCGUCUUUCUUGUGUUUUGCUUGUGCGUGUAAGCACAGUAGAAUCUAUCGGUUUGUGUUGUCAGGUCUUGCUGUCAUUUACGCCGUCUUUCGCCUUUCUGUGUGGCGGUGUUUUGCGUACCGUUUGCUUAGGUUCUAUUAUCGUCGCGGUGGAUCACUUGUUUCGGUCUCCAUCCCCUACCGGUUCUCCCUUUUUGUUGUUGUUGUUUGCGCUGCCUUACGCCACACCAGUGGCUUCGGUGUAUUAUUAUUAUUAUUAUUGUUAUUGUUAAAGCUCUCUUUUGUUUCGCAGAGCUCGGAACUUCGUGCGGAUCGCUUUGUCUGGGAACUGGUUCAGCAAUCCACAUACAAUCGAACACACACACGCACACACGCAGAAAUGGAGGAGAUUAAGACGUACACCUAUAAGUCGGGUGCCGUGUAUGAGGGCAACUUCAGCGGCAACAUGCGCUCCGGCCGCGGCCACUGGACUCACCCCCAGGGAGAGACCUACGAAGGCGAGUACCAGAACAACAAACAGGAGGGACUGGGCAUUUACAUCUUCAAGGACAGCGGAAAGCGCUACCUGGGCCACUGGAAGGAAGGCCAGAUGAGCGGCGAGGGCCUCUACGUCUUCAACCGCGACCGCACCGCCUACUACUUUGGCAACUACACCAAGGAUAAGAAGGACGGCGUAGGCCACUACAUGUACGAGAACGGCGUCAUGACGACGCAGCAGUGGAACAUGGGCGCUCUUGUCAACGAGGAGGAAACGGCGCCAGUGGAGGAGGUGGAGGUGGUGAUUAAGAUGAAGGAGCUGCGCGAUGCGGUGCGGGCGGUCGCGCCGAAGGAGCUCGGCGAGGUUCCGCCGCCGUCCGAGGUGCGCACCUUCCAAUUUCCCUCCGGCGCGACUUACACCGGCCAAUACUUCGGCACCAAGAAGCACGGCCGCGGGUACUGGCUGCACCCGGAGGGCGAUAGCUACGAGGGUCAGUUCGACAACAACCACCACAACGGCUGGGGCGUCUACGUGAUUGGCCGUAGUGGGAAGAAGUACGUGGGCCACUGGCGCGACGGAAAAAUGAACGGCAUCGGUGUGUACUUCUUCAACCCACAGGAGACGGAGUACUACGUAGGUCUCUACCGCGACGACGUGAAGAACGGACGCGGCAUGUACCACUUCGCCGAGAGCGGCGCGAGCAUGGUGCAGAUGUGGGAGAACGGCACCCUGCGUCAGGAGUCGGAGGCGGAUAAGGAGACGGAGGAGAAGUACGUGGCGGCUAUUAAGAAGAUCAUAGAAACUGUGAAGCCGUUCGCGCCCAACUACGAGCCGGUGGCGUUUGCUUCUUCUUCUUCACCUUGA